UGCCGGUGUUAGCAGACAGAUCCAGUGGGGAGAACAGACUUCAUGCACACACACUUACUCUGAAUGAAAAUGUACACUGGAGAGAUUCUUGCAGAAUAAAGCAACUGGGACACAUUGAAGGAGGAGGAGGAGAAGGAAGAGAAAAGGCAAGGUGUUUGGUCAAGCCGGCAGCCACAUGUGAAAGUGCAAGAACGAGAGAGUAAGAGAGAGAGCUAGAGAGAGACGGACAGAGGAAGGGCGUGCAUUGAGUUCUGCUCUCCUCCAAGAGAAAGACUAGAUGGUCAGAUCUGUCCAUGAUGGGGUGCAGAGUAUGUACUCUACAGAAGCCUCAAGAGCAGUACAAACUCCUGUAUGAAGUAUGCCAGGUCAAUGGAAAGGACUUGUCCAAGGCGACACACGACCAGGCAGUGGAGGCCUUCCGUAUGGCUAAAGAGCCCAUUAUGGUCCAGGUGCUUCGUCGGGCUCCCAGACCCAAACCUACAGGCCCGACUGGGGAAGGACAGGUCGUGGACAUCAGCACCCAGACAGACAUCACCUUCCAGCAUAUCAUGGCCCUCAGCAAACUGCCUACAUCCUCCACUCCUGUGGAUGUGCUUGAACAGUACCUCCUGCCAGAGGGGCACUCUCCAGCUCAUGAAUACUUCGACCCUAAUGAUUUCCUAGAGGGCAUGCAGCACGAGAUAGAAAGAGAAGAGCUGGAAUAUGAGGAAGUGGAUUUAUACAGAACAAACAUCCAUGAUAAACUGGGGUUUACCGUAUGCUACAGGACCGAUGAUGAGGAUGAGACGGGGAUCUAUGUCAGUGAGAUUGAUCCAAACAGCAUUGCUGCGAAAGAUGGAAGAAUUCGAGAGGGAGAUCGGAUUAUUCAGAUCAAUGGCAUUGAGAUCCAAAACCGUGAGGAAGCAGUGGCUCUUUUAACCAGUGAAGAACACCCAAAUGUGUGCUUGCUAUUGGCUCGGCCAGAGAUACAGCUGGAUGAGGGUUGGAUGGAUGAUGACAGAAAUGACUACCUGGAUGACCUUCACAUGGAUAUGUUGGAGCAACAACACCAUCAGGCUAUGCAGUUCACAGCAAGCAUGCUUCAGCAGAAAAAGCACGAGGAAGAUGGAGGUACAACAGAUACAGCCACACUGCUCUCCCACCACCAUGAGAAAGACAGUGGUGUGGGCCGCACUGAUGACAGCACUCGCAACGAUGAGAGCUCUGAGCAGGAGAAUCUCGCAGAUGACCAGACCAGCGCCUCCACCACACUGGGCAGCCGGCGCAGACUCGCAUACAGUCAGGACACCCUUGGCAGUGGUGACCUCCCCUUCAGCAGCGAGUCCUUCAUAUCUGCAGACUAUGCAGACGCAGAAUUCUUGGGUGACUUUCCUGCUGAUGAAUGUGAGCGGUUUCGGGAACUUUUGGAGCUGAAGUGCCAGAUGCAGAGUGCAGGCAGUAGUGGUACCCCAGAUCAAAGCUUGUUGUGGCCCAGUGGUGGACAAGGCGGUGUUGGAGAGGAGGGUGUCGACAAAGAACUGGAACUUCUGAAUGAGGAGCUCCGCAGCAUUGAGCUUGAAUGCCUGAGCAUAGUCAGAGCGCACCGCAUGCAGCAGUUACGGGAGCAGUGCCGCGAACAGUCCUGGAUGCUGCACAACAGUGGCUUUCGCAACUACAACACAAGCGUAGAUGCAAGGCGUCACGAGUUAGCAGACAUCAGUGAACUUCCGGAAAAGUCUGACAAGGACAGUUCCAGUGCAUACAAUACUGGUGAAAGUUGCCGUAGCACCCCGCUCACAUUAGAGCUCUCCCCGGACAACUCCUUGCGACGUGGAAAUGAAAGCCAAGCAGAAGCAGGGGCAAGUAGCAGUACCUCGGGUCCCAGCAGAAUUCUCAAACCCCUUCUCUCACCCGUCCAAGAGGCUUGCAGCCCCACUAGGGGCCGUCCAACAUUAUUAAAAGAGUCAGAGGUUGGUACCCAACCUGAAGUCAGAGAGCGCAAAGGAGGUCGUCAUGCACAUCCUCAAUCACCCUACAAACAUGCCCACAUCCCGGCUCAUGCCCAGCACUACCAGAGCUACAUGCAGCUGAUCCAGCAAAAGUCAGUGGAGUAUGCCCAAAGCCAGAUGAGCUUAGUAAGCAUGUGCCGGGACCCUGUCACUUCUGCUGACUUGGGACCCAAGAUGGAAUGGAAAGUGAAGAUCCGCAGUGACGGUACCCGAUACAUUACCAAGCGGCCAGUUCGAGACAAGCUUCUGAAAGAGCGAGCACUACGGAUCCGAGAGGAGCGCAGUGGGAUGACCACAGAUGAUGAUGCCGUAAGCGAGAUGAAGAUGGGUCGGUAUUGGAGCAAAGAAGAGCGCAAGCAACACGCCGUCCGUGCCAAAGAACAACGUCAACGUAGGGAGUUCAUGAAGCAGAGCCGUAUGGAUUGUCAGAAAGAGCUGGGGGUCACCACUGAGGACAAGAAAGAUGUCAACAUUAUCGAACUUAGUCACAAAAAAAUGAUGAAGAAGCGGAAUAAGAAAAUCUUUGACAAUUGGAUGACUAUCCAGGAACUGUUGACCCAUGGUACAAAGUCCCCUGAUGGGACACGAGUGUACAAUUCCCUACUCUCUGUGACUACAGUGUAGGCUCUGAAAUGUUCUGUAUAUAGGACACUACCGAUGGGGUAGACAAUUCUGCCUCGUUCAAUGCGGCAACAUUUGUAAAUAGGAAAUAUGAAUGCCUUGUCUGAAGGAGCCAUUUGCCAAAAGAAGGUACAACGAGAGUCUGAAAUAUUGAAUAGGAUGAUGGUUUUAUACAAGAGAUAAGAACGUGUUUCUUAUUUGCUCUGUUCAUUUCUAUAUUGAGCUUGUGGUUUGAAAUAUUCUGUUAUUGAAUCAUGACCAUUCGGACUCUAAAGGGUUUUUGGACAACAGUACCAAGACCAUAAAGAACCAUUAGAAUUUUUGUUUUGUUUUAUUUUUUUUACGAGUAAACUAACAGUCAACAGUAUUGUACUUAUUUAUGCAUACAUAUUGCUCAUUAAAGCAAUGCAGAUAUUUAGCUUCAUGAUCAUCACAGAAAAUCGCCGGGUGUUAUUGUAUACCUUUCAGUCAUUAUGACAGAGUUUUACAACAAAUAACUUUGCUUUACAGAUUUUAAAAGGUGCUGUUUUUUUCCUAAAGUUCUUACGUCACACGGCUACUGUUACAUUUGUCAUACAUCAAACAUUUAUUGAAAUCUAAAUCUGUUUGUAUUAUUGUUGAUAUUAAUGUCUGUUGUAGACAAAAAGCCUUUUAUAUAGGUCUCCAUUGUAUUGCAGCAAGAUAAUACAGUUUAACAAAUCAUUAGUUAGACACGCAAUUUGAUGUCCUGUAAAAUGAGAGAAAUAAUAAAUUAUUGUUUUAUAUUUGAU